AUGCAGGUGGCUCUCGAGUGCUUGUCUGUGCUGAAAGAUUCCGUGUCUUGGCUUUGCCAGACGCGAUCGCAGGUCGAACUAGAGACGGAGGUAGUUCAGAGCGGAACGCAUUCUCCUUCGAAGACCAAGGCGGCAAUGGCGCCGCAGCCCAACGCUUCUGGGCACGGCUCCCAUGCCGCCACUGCUUGCGUGGCCUCCACUGUGCCGGUCGUGAUAGACUGCUUCUCCAGGGACCGCCUCCGCGCUCCCGCUGAGGAUGUUCUCGCCAAGUUUGCCGUCGAGGAGGCAAGCGACUAG